AUGCUUCUUCUUUUAACAUCAAUUUUAUGCAAUAUUGCCUUAUCGCAAUACGAUUCUUUUAUCGAUCUUCGAAAGGACACUCUUUUCAACGCGGAAUCCGGAAAACGAUGGCCCCGAAGUACGCCAAUUCCGUUUCGAUUCGAUUUCGCAAUACAUCUCCCGAGUCGUCAAAAAAUCCGCCGUGUUCUCCGCUUCAUCGAGGAGAAAAGCUGUGUGCGCUUUGUGGAAAAUCCGAGAAAUGCGAAUUUGAAUGUUCCAACAGUUCACGUGAUCAAUGAUCGGACUUGUUGGUCACGUGUGGGCGCACAUUUCGACUCAAACGAACAGAACUUGUCGAUUCCGUUUGGGUGCACUGAUUCUUUUGGUGUGGUCGCCCACGAGAUCUUUCAUUUGCUCGGCUUUGAACAUACUCAGACGCGAAUCGAUCGAAACAAUCACAUCAAAGUGAACGAGUCGAAUAUAAAGCCAAAAGAGCUGAGUCAAUACGAGAUUCACGAGGAUCUCCCAUCAAUCGUCUAUCGUUUUCCGUAUGAAUUUGGCAGUGUUAUGCACUAUGCGGCUUAUGGAAAUUCACUUGACGCCGAUCAUCCGACGAUUUUGCCGAAAAACCGUGAUUUCAUUCGAACAAUCGGACAACGGCUUCGAAUCUCUUUCCUCGACUUACUCCUUUUAAACGAAUUUUAUGGAUGUUUCGAUCCAUCAAAAUGCUUGGAGAUAACGUGCAAAAAUGGUGGAGUGCCAAAUUGCUCAUGUUUUUGCCCAAAAGGCUUCUCUGGAGAACGAUGUGACGAUGUUGAGCCAGCUUCUUCAAAGAAUCCCAAUUGUAGUACAGUUUUGGAGGCAGAUUCCCAUUGGAAAGCUCAUAAAGUCGAGCUCGAUUCGGGCGUGCGCAACAACGGGGAAAACCUCUUUCAACCUGAGGAGUGCUGGGUGCAUUUGGAGGCACCUCUUGGCCAUCAAAUUGAAGUGAGGUUCGUCGAGUUUUCGGGGAAAUGCGACCACAUUUGCUCGCUGAACGGCGUCGAGUUGAAAACGAGGGAUUUUGAGAUGACCGGGUUACGCGAUUGUUGUGCUGAAUUGCUUCUUUCGAAAACGUUCACUUCGUCGAAAGAGCGCUUUGUGAUCGGAGCAUUUGCUAGGAACAAUGCCACAAUCUUCUCGUUUCAAUUUCGAAGUGUGAGACGGGAAAUCGUCGACGAAGUCAUUCAAUUGGACAAUCAGAUU